AUGAAACCAACCAAAAUAACAAAGUUUUUUUUAAAAUCAUCAGUGUCUGAUUCAGUUCAUCAACCAAAAGAAAAUGAUCAUAAUAAUAUUAAACAUGAUGUUCAGACAGAAAAUGUUGAUGUUGAUGGUUGUGAUAAUGUAAAUAAACAUGUUCCUGAAACUUAUGAAAGUAAUGAUAUUUCUUUGUUUUCAAAUUUGAACCGUUCUCUGACAGAUGCUGAAAAAAUAUUGGUAUUUCGUACUCAUGCUAAAUGUGAAUAUCAUCUAAAAUCAGUAAUAGACGCUGAGAGUUUUUUGAAUAUAUUUGAGAAGAAGGAAAUUCCUUUAAUACAACAAAUUGAUAAUGAACGUGCUAAGCAAGUACAAGAAAAUAGAAAGCGACUUAUUCCAAUAAUACAGUGCGUUAUUUUAUGUGGCCGUGAAGAAAUACCUUUAAGAGGACACCGUGAUUUUGGAUCAUUUAAUAUUGAAGAUGAACAAAGUAAUGAAGGUAACUUUCGAGCUAUCCUUAAACAUCGAGCAAAAGGAGAUGAUUAUCUGAAAUCAACAACUGAUGUAUCAAAUGUAGAGCAGUUGUCACUUUGUAUUAGAUAUGUUGACAACAAUGACAUGCUAAAUGAAGAUUUUCUUCAGUUUUUUGCUAUUCAUAGCCUAACAGGAUCACACUUGGCUACAUCAAUAUUGAUAGGUUUGAGUGAUUGUGGAGUAAAUUCCGAGUUUAUGUAUGGACAAGGCUAUGACGGAGCUAGCAAUAUGGCUGGGCAAUUUAAAGGUGUUCAAAAAAUUAUAAGAGAUAAAUACCCUAACGCUCUAUACGUACACUGUUCAGCGCAUUCCCUGAACUUAGCAGUUUCAUCUUCUAGCAAUAUAAAACCAAUUAGAAACUCUCUAAACUUCAUAUCUAUUGAAUGGAAAGAUUCAUCUUCCACUGAUGCCAAUAUGUUUUUGAAAUGUAUUCAAGAUUCAGAGUUCUUGGUUUCCCUUUAUGUUACAAAGGUAUUGUUUUCAUAUGGCUUGCCAGUAUGCAAACAACUUCAAAAAGAGAGAAUAGAUUUGAAGAAAACGGUUGAUAUUGUGGAAAACUUAAUACAAUCAUUAAUGAAUGUAAGAGAAGAUGCUGAAAAUGAGUUUAAGAGAAUAAUUGAUGAAGCUCAUACAAUGGCUGAAUUAAUUGGAACAUCAAUCUCUAGAAAAAGGAUUACAUCAAAGCAAAUAAAUCGAGCAAAUCCUCAUAAUUUAAAAUUUGUGAAUCAUAAAAACGUUUUAAGAGGAUUUGAGUGCCUAUUUCAUUCAGAAUUUUCUGAUGAAGACAGAAAUGAAUUUCAGCGCCUAAUUGAAUUAUAUUCUCCUGCAAUUGAUAGACACAAUGUUCUUGCAGAAUUGAAGAUAUGGAAAUUAAAACUAGCCUCCAGUAAUAAUGAAAUUACUAAAACUGGGAUAGAAGCGUUUCUUAACUGUGAUAAAGAAAUUUAUCCAAAUAUCAAACUUCUGUUAAAAAUAUUUGUUACAUUGCCUGUAUCGACUGCAACUCCUGAAAGGAGUUUUUCUAGUUUAAAGAGACUUAAAACUCAUCUACGGAAUACAAUGAAUGAGACGCGACUGAAUGGAUUAUCGUUACUGUCAGUACAUAGAGAUAUUGAUCUAUCCGUGGAAGAAGUUGUGGAUGAAUUUGGCUCAGACACAGUGUCCGGCAACUAG